GAAGCACACUUUCCCUUUGAGAUCGGCCUAAUAUCCGAGCAAAUUAAGAAGACGCACGGCAAGAGAAAGAAGGGAGAUCGAUCAUGGCUCGUGCCACUGCACUAGUGGCCCUUGUUGUCCUAGGUUCGCUGGUCGCCUCCGAGACGGCGUCGGAGGAACUACAUUGCUGCACAGACCACCACAGCUGGGGCAACGGGUUGAAGAACAUCGGCUGCAGGCUGCCGGAGCAGAACGGCGAGUGCAACGCGUGGUGCCAGUCGGGCUGCCGCGGUGGCGACUGCAAGAUGCGUGACGGACUGCACUUCUGCCAUUGUUACUGCUGAUCAGGCACGGCGGUGUUCCGCCGUUCAAAUUUGCAUGCAACGAG